AACGGUGUCAGGCUGGAUCGUGACGAUUCUCGCGUUUCGCACUUCAUUUGAUGGUAGUGAUCAGCAAGAUGGUCACGUGAUCGAGAUCGUUUCCGGCUCAUUGCAUUCAUUGGCCGGUGCCGGACAGUUGUCAUCGGUCGUCGCAUCACGUGACGCGAAAGCUGCAAGCGGACAAGACAAUCAAGCAUGUACCACCUGCGUGUACCACUGCGGUGCCUCGUGCGAUGUUCACGUUGGCCGGCUGUCAUUCGUUUCGAUUGUGGGCGCGCUACCGAAAAAAAAGUACCCGAGGCAGGACCGGUUGGUGGUGGUGGUGGUGGUGGUCGGUCGAUCGGUCGGUCGGUCGGUCGGUGGGUUGGCCUCGUUCGGCUGCAGCCGCUGUCGUCGACAUCGACACGAUGGCGAUGAACUACUUCGCCUGAGCAACGGUGACAACCGCGCGCUGCGACAGCGAGACAUCGAAGGCACCAGCAGAGUGGCGAGGCUGUUCUUUCGUUCCGUCGUCUCCGUCUUGGGACCGGUCGGCAGAGACGAAAGACUACCGAUGACGUGGGUGCGCUGGACAGCGGUCACUUCGUUGCUGCUCAUCCUGAUGCAGUGUCGAUGGCCCGUGCUGGCCGCCGCCGUCAGACAGGUGCAGAACAUCACCCGCGUGUUCAACAGUGGCGAUUUGUUCACCAACCCGGACGUCAACUGUCGACCGAUGCACUGCGCCGUAUUUGGGGCUCACGCGGCCCGCACCAGUGGCUGCAGUUGUCAGUGUCCUCUAGGUCGACCUGCGUUCCUGCAGCAUGUCAUGAAAUGCUCGGACGAGAUCAGGGACUGUCGCGCAUUACCGUUUGGCACCAACAGCGAAUCGGGUGCAGGAGGCGGCGGAGUCAGCCAAAAACUGCCGAUCGUUUUCUUGCCGCUUACCGGUCAGAUUCUGAACCCGUCACUGCCGCCCAACUGGGAAGCCGCGCCGUGCAUCGUCUUCUCGGUCGGUUUCCUCACCUACAGCGGCUGGUCGACGAUGGAAAACGCGGCGCUGUUCUCUUUGCUCAACUCCAACGGAUACACGUACAUUCAGGUUAAUGCCUUAUUCGACUUCGCCCAGGACCCCAGUUUCUUAUCGAACAUCUGUCUCCGUCUUCGCAUCUGCCUUUUAGGCUCCAGUCUUCACUUCGCGCUUGGAGAACCGCCUUCUCGAUGUUCGCCCUGA